GAGAUCUUUAAAUAUGGAACAAGACUCAAGACGAGCGCUGAGAACCGCGACGCGACGCGGGCAGGUUUACGCGCGACGUGGAGUGUUUUCCGACGGGACAGAGAGAGUUAGUGAGUCUGUUGCGUUAUGACUGCUGGGGUGGCUGAAUGUAUCGUAGUUAGCAGAAGCAGCAGUGAAAUUUCUCUGGCUCCAGAUAAAACAGAAGCGAGUCUCUGAAUCUGUUCCUGCUUUUAUGCAUCCAGACACGUUGAACUUGGAGCGAAUUCGCACUUGCGCGUAUUUUAAAAGUGUUUCUGAAGCCCGGACGCACUUUAACUCAGCGUAAGGGGAAGAAACAGGGUCUUUGGUAGAAGAGAACCAGCAGGCAACAUGAGCGACAAAAACAAAAUGGAGGAUGAAGCCAUAGUGGACAGGGGAGCGUCUUACAUCAAGAACAUGUGUGACGAGGAGGUUGAGGGUCAUCACACAGUCUACAUUGGCGUUAAUGUGCCUAAGAGUUACCGUCGCCGCCGGCGACACAAACGACGAUCCAAUCACAGAGAAAGGAGGGAACGUGUGACGGAAAACGUGAGCGACAAAUCAGACACAGAGAAUGCAGAUGAUCCCUCCUCCAGCAUCCUCAAACCACUCAUUUCUCCGGCAGCAGAGCGGAUCCGCUUUAUUUUGGGGGAAGAUGACAGCGGCCCACCUCCACCACAGCUCUUCACCGAACUCGACGAGCUUCUUUCCGUCGACGGUCAAGAGAUGGAGUGGAAGGAAACAGCCAGAUGGAUAAAGUUUGAGGAGAAGGUGGAGAAGGGUGGGGAACGGUGGAGUAAACCCCAUGUGGCCACUCUGUCUCUUCACUCGCUCUUCCAGCUGAAAAACUGCAUCGAGAAAGGAACCAUCAUGCUGGACAUGGAGGCAAACUCACUUCAGCAGAUCGUUGAAAUGAUCACUGACAGUCAGAUCGAGAACGGGCAGCUGAAGGCCGACCUGAAGGAGAUGGUCAUGUACACUUUGCUACGGAAACAUCGCCACCAGACCAAGAAGUCCAACCUGCGUUCGCUGGCAGACAUUGGAAAAAGCGUGUCGAGCGCGAGUCGUCUGUUCACCAACCAGGAGAACGCGCGUCCUCUUGAUCACCCUGUGCCUUGCUUUAUCAACUUUGAACCUGACGAGCAAAUUCAGAUGCAGAGAAGCAACAGCAUGGGACUUCUCUGUAGUCCAACCACAGCCCAUCGUAACCUGACCUCCAACAGUCUCAACGAUCUCUCAGACAAGCCUGAGAAAGACCAGUUAAAUAAUAAGUUCAUGAAGAAAAUUCCACGAGAUGCGGAGGCGUCGAACGUGCUGGUCGGGGAGGUGGAUUUUCUGGACUCCCCCUUCGUGGCGUUUGUGCGUCUUCAGCAGUCCGUCAUGUUAGGAGGUCUCACCGAGGUUCCUGUUCCCACACGGUUCCUUUUUAUUCUGCUGGGGCCCAAAGGAAAGGCCAAUUCAUACCGGGAAAUCGGACGUGCAAUCGCCACGCUCAUGUCUGAUGAGGUGUUUCACGACAUAGCAUAUAAAGCGAAAGAUCGUGGCGACCUGCUGGCAGGGAUUGACGAAUUCCUAGAUGAAGUCAUUGUUCUUCCUCCUGGAGAGUGGGAUCCUGACAUCAGAAUUGAACCUCCUAAAUCCAUCCCGUCUGCUGAUAAACGUAAAAACAUUAUUGCCGGAGGGGAAGGUUUUCAGAUGAAUGGCGCUACGCCUCAUGAUGGGAGUCCGGGUGGAGGCGGCGGCCAUGCGGUCGGUGAUGAACUCAAAAUGACCGGCAAGUUUUGCGGGGGUCUCAUUCUGGACAUCAAGAGGAAACUUCCAUUUUUUGCGAGCGAUUUUUACGACGCUAUCCACAUUCAGUCACUGUCUGCCAUCUUGUUUAUUUACCUGGGAACCGUAACUAACGCCAUCACCUUCGGAGGGCUGCUGGGAGAUGCGACGGAGAACAUGCAGGGCGUGUUGGAGAGUUUCUUGGGGACGGCGUUAACCGGUGCUGUGUUCUGUCUGUUUGCGGGUCAACCUCUGACCAUCCUGAGCAGCACCGGGCCCGUGCUCGUCUUCGAACGACUGCUCUUUAACUUCAGCAAGGAUAAUGAUUUCGACUAUCUGGAGUUCCGGCUGUGGAUCGGCCUGUGGUCUGGUUUUCUGUGUCUGGUCCUGGUCGCCACAGACGCCAGUUUCCUGGUGCAGUAUUUCACCCGCUUCACUGAGGAAGGCUUUUCGGCUCUCAUCAGCUUCAUCUUCAUCUACGACGCCUUUAAGAAAAUGAUCAAACUGGCACACCAUCAUCCAAUCAACUCCGGUUAUGACAUAGACCUGGUCACGCAGUACGGCUGCCGCUGCAGUCCUCCAGACGGCAACAGUUCAGGUCUGUACAUGGAGAAAAUGGAAGCCCUGAUGAACAGCACUGGACAGCAUCACUUGAACGCCACCUGGAUGUCUCUGACCCGCUCAGAGUGUUUGGAGUGGGGCGGUCAGCUGCUCGGACCAGCCUGUGAAUACGUCCCUGAUAUCACGCUGAUGUCCUUCAUUCUGUUCUUCGGCACAUACACCUGCUCCAUGGGCCUGAAGAAGUUCAAAACCAGCAGAUUUUUCCCAACUACGAUCCGCAAACUGAUCAGUGAUUUUGCCAUUAUUCUCGCCAUUUUUAUCUUCUGUGGUGUGGACGCCCUGGUCGGCGUUGAUACGCCCAAACUAAUAGUGCCAAGUGAAUUCAAGCCGACGAGUCCCCAUCGUGGCUGGUUUGUUCCACCAUUUGGAGGAAACCCUUGGUGGGUUUGCCUGGUGUCGGUGUUACCUGCUCUCCUGGUCACCAUCCUGGUCUUCAUGGACCAGCAGAUCACAGCCGUCAUCGUCAACCGCAAGGAGCACAAGCUCAAGAAGGGAGCUGGGUACCACCUCGACCUGUUCUGGGUCUCGAUUCUGUUGAUUUUGUGUUCGUUCAUGGGGCUGCCCUGGUACGUAGCGGCGACCGUCAUCUCCAUCGCGCACAUAGACUCCCUCAAGAUGGAAACUGAAACCUCAGCGCCUGGGGAACAACCCAAAUUCCUUGGAGUCAGAGAGCAGAGAGUCACGGGAACAAUGGUGUUCAUUUUGACGGGCCUGUCGGUUUUAAUGGCCCCCGUUCUGAAGUUCAUUCCUAUGCCGGUCCUGUACGGCGUAUUCCUCUACAUGGGUGUCGCCUCUCUCAAUGGCGUCCAGUUUAUGGAUCGUCUGCAGCUCUUGUUGAUGCCAGCAAAACACCAACCAGAUCUGAUCUACCUGAGACACGUACCGCUCAGACGGGUUCACUUGUUCACCUUCUUACAGAUGCUCUGUUUGGCCCUCCUGUGGAUCCUGAAGUCAACAGUAGCAGCCAUCAUCUUCCCCGUCAUGAUUCUUGCAUUGGUCGCGGUGAGAAAGGCCAUGGAUUAUGUGUUCUCGCAGCACGAUCUCAGUUACCUGGAUGACGUCAUGCCCGAGAAAGACAAGAAGAAGAAAGAGGAUGAGAAGAAGAAAAAGAAGAAGAAAGGAAGCAUCGACAGUGACAUGAACGACGAAAUAAGCCCUUGUCCUUCCUCACUCCCUACUGAUGGAAAGCACUUUUUCCCUUCCGUGACUAUGUCAAGUCAGGAUUUAAACCCUUUUAAGAAGAUGAUGCCUCAGAUCAGAAUCGAUUUGGACUCGGACAACAACACAUUCUUCUGGAAAACUCCAUCCUCUGAAACAUCCCUUUAAACACUUGUUUAGGUGUACACACGUUUAGGUCCAGAUGAUGGUUUGAAAAUGAAAAACUUUUCUGAAAGUUUCAUUUUAAAGUCUAAACUAAUUGAUGUAUGUCAUUUCAACACUACAACCUAUAGCUGCACAAAUACAAACUAAAAAGUGUAAAACUUUAUGUCCUCCUGACAUUUUGGUAGCAUUAGCCUACUUUAUUUGGGGGGUGGAGGCGGAGUUUGCUAUCGUUUUAGUUUUAAGUUCUGGGUCCAGACUGAUUUUUGUUCCAAUAGAUUUCAAAUACUUUUUAUAACCAUAAUAUUUUAU